GUCUAGCAGUAUGCAGUGUAGUAAAUAAGUAACGCUGGUUUUUCCAAAGUCUCGACAAAUGUGUGUCACCAGAGAUGAAGCUGGUAUUUAAAGUUUGAUAUUAGUUGUAAAGUGAGCCCGGACACAGUGGAGAGGUACAGACAGAGAGACAGAGACUGACAGAGAGAGAGAAACUCGUCUGUUUACUUCUCUAAUCCUCUCCCCCUAUCCUCCUCCUCCUCCUGCUGCUGUUCUCCUGCUCUCCUGCUCCAGGUACCUCUGAUGCUGCUGAUGCAGAGCUUAAACUCGAGCUAGCUAUAAUAAGGUAGGACUCUCUCAUCCGCCUCGUGACUUUAGCUAACUCAGAUAACUCAGAUAUCCUCGGGGUGUUAUUUUCUCCAGCACUUGGUCUGAGUCCAUGCAGUUCCUCUGGGGAGAGAGAGAAUUACAGCAUUGCACCAGAGGCUCCAGGCACUCCAGCCCUGAACAACCAGUCUCUGAGCCUCAUCUCAACAUUUAAAAAAGCUGGAGAGGAGAGUAGACUACUAAACACACGCCAGGUGUCCGAAAAAUGCCACCUAAAAGAUCUCGCCAAGAAUUCUACACAUAUUUAGCUGUGGAGCUGGUGAUCAUGGCGGGGACGGUCAUGCUGGCCUACUACUUCGAGUACACGGACACGUUCAACGUGCACGUGCAGGGAUUUUUCUGCUACGACAGCGCGUACACCAAGCCCUACCUCGGACCCGAGGAGACCAGCGCCAUCCCACCCGCCGUGCUGUACGCCGUGGUCUCAGGGGUCCCAACACUGGUGAUAACAGUGACAGAAGCAGUGCUGUUCUUGAUGCAGUACACGUCAAAAGAUCCGGACACCAGGAAGAAGACCAUUGUAACCGGAGACUGCUGUUACCUCAAUCCUCUGGUGCGCAGGACUUUCCGCUUUUUAGGUGUGUACAUGUUCGGCCUCUUCACCACGGACAUCUUCGUGAAUGCAGGGCAGGUUGUAACGGGGAAUUUGGCCCCUCACUUCCUGACCGUGUGUAAACCCAACUACACAGCGCUGGGCUGCCAGCAGGCCUUGCGCUACAUCAGCCAUCAGGAGGCCUGCACUGGUAAUGAGGAGGUCAUCCUGCGAGCCCGCAAAACCUUCCCCUCCAAAGAGGCAGCCCUCAGCGUCUACUCUGCGCUCUAUCUGGCUAUGUACAUCACAUGCACUGUGAAAGCCAAAGGAACUAGGCUGGCAAAGCCGGUCAUGUCGCUCGGGCUGAUGUGCCUGGCCUUCCUCACGGGCAUCAACAGGGUGGCGGAGUACCGCAACCACUGGUCGGACGUAAUCGCCGGCUUUAUCAUCGGAGUGGCCAUCGCCACUUUUCUGGUCGUUUGCGUGGUCCAUAAUUUCAAAGGCAAGCUGCUGUUGAGUGAAGACCCCCAGCAGGAGAGCAUGAGCAGUGCGCCCAUGAUGAGCAUGCCCAGGGUAGAGAGCCCCCUGGAGAAAUACAUCGCCUCCCAGAAUCACAUCGCCUUCGAUGAAGUCACAUGACGUUGAGUCGGCGGUGUGGCAGACACAUUGGACAUCCACGCUCUUUACCGUGCAGUCAUCAUAGUCAAGGUGCAAUGCUAACCGCAUCCAGUCCACAUAUCCUCCUCUAUGAUGUUGUUUUGGAUCACUCUCUCUCUCCCUUCGUGUACGUGUGUGUAAACAUGUCGGCCCUGUCCACCAAUACCGGUGUGCUGCUGCUGGCACGCCCCGCUCCGCCCUCACACUUUCUGUUCUGUUGUUUCUGACCCCUCCAAACUGGAGCUCAACUGAAGAUUCACUGUGUGCUUCUGGAGAGACUGGAGAGUGUCUGUGUACGAAACCUUCAAUGGUGACAGUCAAUGGAGUCGACCACUUCUCGCAUUCAGAGUGAACUGAACUUGUUGCUGUAGAUAAGUGUAUUUAUUUAUUUCUUCCUUUAUUUUCCACCCCUGUAUCAUAUGUAUGAUAAUACUUUUGUGGCAUCAUUUUGUAAUGCAUUUAUUUUAAAAAGAAAAAAAAAACAAAAACGCCACCAACUGGAGUUGCCCACCCAAUAAAUGCAAAUCAUCAGACACUUCUGACACUCUGUUUUUAGAAGUGCACUUCAGUAAACAAUGUUGAGCAAUCCCACGUCCCAAGACAGUAAUUACAGGAAUCUACCAUCACAAAAUAUUUAGUUGAGUAUAAAUAUAGUUUUGUAUAAAUAUAUAUCUAUAUGUAUCUGUAAUACUAGUUAUAUUGAUUAUAUUGAUUGAUAUUCUAUUCUAUUAUAUGAACCACUGCUCAAAAAGGGAUGGUGGUAACACAGUAAAUUACCACAUAGUGAAGCUUUAAGGCACCCAACAUGAGCAUAGCAUUUACCUACACUCUUCAAACAAAUAAAGGUGCUUCAAAUGGUUCUGUGAGUGAAGCAUGGGGAAGACCCACAUUUGGUCCCAUAUAGAACCCUUUUUUGCUGUUAUAAGGAUUUUGUGUUGUUUUAAAGUUUCAUCAAACCUCCCCGAAAGGACAUGAUGAGGAGAUAUUUUCAUGGGUUUUUAUCUCGCGAUAAAUAACCUGAUUUUCUAGGUAAUAAUCGGGAAAACCUAAGGAUUUUACCCACCAGUAUCAGUCUAUAUUAUCUCUCUAAGCUUAUUGUCCAUUGUUUUGUUGUCAUUUUUAUAUUAUAGCCUCUUUCCCAAGCCUAUACUGCAGUCGAGGUAGGGCAGGUCUUUGUUAUAACUUUUGGUGACACGUAUACAACAGCUUAACACGGCUUUGUUUUGACCUCACAAGAAAGGUCCUGCCUUUUGCAGCUGUAGCAUGAAUCCUAUGUGCUUUUUAAUUUCUUCACAUAAGUGAAAUACCCAUAAACGUUUUUAUAAAAUUCAUAUAAAAGUCAUAACAACUUUUUACCAUUAUAGCCCAGUUAUAAUGGUACUGUAUAUAUGUGCACAGAGAAUCUGUCACUUGUGUUCUAGAGAUCGCUUUUCAAAUGUAGGCUGCUUUUCUCAGCUGUAUAUGAAGGGUCCUUCAAUUUGGAACAGCAUUUUUUGAUGUAGCAUCAGAGAAAGGCAGCCCACCUCGACUGCAGCCUAGGCUUUGGCUUUCACUGCGUUCACACCGGCAGACAAAGAGUCUCUUACUACUGUGGGUGUGUUUGUGGCUGCUUGCCGUGUCGCAUGUGGGCGUGUAUUGGCGUGGCCAGUUAGCAGUUAGAGGCUAAUCUAGCAAGCUGCCUGUUGGACCAUCUUCUACUUUAUUUCAUAUAUAUAUUAACUGCCCAUGUAUUUGUGCAAAUUUGCAUCAUAUAAGACACGAAAGGAAAAAUCAGCAGUUAUAAUCCUCUCUGUCAUGUUCAGAACCACAUUGCUAAGGAUAUGAACCAAUAACAAUGGGAAUCAAAAGUUCACAAGGCAGAAGGAGGGGAUUUUAGACCCCCCCCCCUGAAUGUUAUUGGUCUAAAGGAAUUGUUUGGCCAAUCGGUGUAGAAUGUUGCUUCCCAGCAUCAUAAUUCAUUUGCAUUUGUAAAAAAAUCUCUGUCACUUUGUCCCCUGCCACCGUGUAACGGCACAAAACGCUCCUUUUCAUACAAAAUGAAUGGCCGCUUGUUGCUCUGUCGAAUGCCAGUGUGAAUGCAGGGUAAGUCACAUGACUGUAGCGGUUUGCAAAUUUCAGACGAACUCUUAGAGCCCUGUUUUAGUGAUGUAUAGGUAAGCUAUCAACCGUGCACUGUGCAGUUUAGUUUAGGGUGUGUCAGUGUGUGUUCUGUUUCACAGGGACACCAAGAAUUUUACCUAGAGCGUCUCUUAAUUAAUUAUUGGUGUGUUUUGGGCGUAAGGUGCAAUAAAACAGACAUAAAUCAGACACAGGCGCAAGGCUUGAACAAAAUUAGACUGUUUACGGGUUGUAAGAUAGCAAUGAGCAUCACACAGGGUGUAAGACAGGGCCCAUAGUCCUGCGAGUGUACAACUCUAAACUCUAAACCUCAACUAGUUAACUGAUUUGAUGCCUUGCAGUGAUGAAGGUCACCGACUCACAAAAGCAACAAUACAUCCUGAUUGUUGCUAUUGUAUUAACAACAAUUGCUAGAUAUGAGCCAUUACCAUUAUCCAUUACCAUGCCUGAAUAGCAUUUUUCAUAUUUCAGGCACAUCCAAUGUUUUUGCAUCUAAUAAAUUAUCCUGAUAUCAUUCAUUUUGGGAAAUUAAAGUCAUUGAAUUUUUCCCCUUUAUAGAAAAACACAUGCAUGUUUUUCCCCUCAUGUCUUUUUCGGAGGGCUCCCUAUAUCACAGACAUUAAAAGUAGUUUCUCUGUAGUUCUGCUUAAAGAACCAUUUGAAGCAGCAGCAGCUUAAUUUUGAGAGUGUGCUGUGCGUCCUCCUCCCUCUCAGUCUGUGAAGAAUGGAUCCGCCGUACAGACAAUCACAAGCGCUCUCUCAGCGAAGCAUUCUGGGCAAUUUUCCUCAAUAGAAGUCUAACUAAUGUUCAAUUUGGAGCAAUGAUUAAAUCAGUCAUAGCAGUGAUACGUCACUUGAACCAGUCAUUUGGGCGAAGACCACUUUGCUGGAAGCUGAUUCCAAUUCUCUCAGGCCCCCAGACUUUAGCAGGUUAUUUUUAGACUGUCUUUUUCUUUUGUUUGUUCUCAUUUUCUAUAAUCUUUAAACUAAUGUUGAGAUCUAACCUAAUGGUCAUCAUUUAAUGGGUUAUGUUUCAUUCAGGUUCAUCUGUAAAGCCAGGAGAGAUCAGGUCAGGAUGUCGAAAAAAGCCCCCAUUCAUCUGUAUCAUAAAUUAACCAAACUAAGAUACCUCAGACUCAGAGAAUAACUUAGGAGAACCUAAUCUUAAGAACCGAGUUUUGAGAGUGGAAGAGUAGCACGUUCCUUUGCAAUAGUGUAUUAAAGCUGUACGUCAGAUCCAACAUAGUGCCCUGUGGAAGAUUAGCAGUCAGUUUGAGGUGCUGUAUAUAUAUUAUAUACACCUUCACUACUUAAAAAAAUAACUAUUUGCUAUUUAGAGCUGCAGUUUCCUGCUGAUGUGACCAAUUCAUAGUUGAGCAAUAACAUUUGAAGCUUUCUCCUUCAUGAGUAUCAGUGAGGAAGAACCCAUCGACAUGGACCCAUUUGGCUGUGUCCCAUGAUAUACGGUAUAUUUUUAUAAUUCUUGCUGAUGCACUUCACACAGAGAUCAUAUAGGUUAAUCAACACUAGAAAUCAAUUCACUAGAAAGCACUUUAAUAAAAAGAUAACACAAUGUUGAAAAACAUCAACUGCAGAGAGAAAUAUGAGAGCAUUCAUUAUAUAAAAAACUGCUGCUUUAAGAAGAAUAAAAAGAAGAAGAAGAAGUCUAGUAAUAAUCACUCUGUAAGUCAUGAGUCAGGUAAAUGUGGACUAAAGCUACUGCAGUGCUUGUAACAGUAUUAUAGCAGAAGUAUAAUGAGGCAUGUACAGAGAGAGAACAUGCACAUAUAGCGUAAAUUGUCAGGGUUGAUUUUUAUUUUCUUUUUGUGUGAGUGUGUGAGUAUGUGUGUGUUUGUGUGUGUGUGUGUGUGUGUGUGUGUGUGUGUGUGUGUGUGUGUGUGUGUGUGUGUAUAAAAUCAAAGAAAGUACAUAUGUAUGUACCAUGUGUACUUCAUCCUUAAGCUACUUUAAAUCAGAAAAAGAAAAGACAAGAUAAAAAAAAAACUAAAGGAAAUGAGAAAAUGUUAUGUUCAGACUGGAUGGCUGGAUUCCUUUCUCAUUUUGAAAUAAUGAAAUUUGUUUAUAGUGUUUAUAUUUUGCAUAUUUAUUUCAUAUUUAUGUUCACAACUUCUAUUUCCUAUUUGUUUUAUAGUUUGUACAGACUCGAUGGUUGUAAAAGGUAUAUUCUUGCAACCGAACCGAACUUCUUUUUUUUUAUUAUUGCUGAUUUCUAUCUAUGUUGUUCACCUGUAACAUUACCACCCGUGUAGACGUUGGUUCCUGUAUGGAUGUUGUAGGUUGGUCCUGUUUGUUUGACAUGAUUCCAGCUCACUGCGUCCUCUGAAGACUUUCAUCAGAUUAUGACCUUUUACACUGUAGAGGAAAUGAAAUUUAAAGGCUUUGAAUAAAAAAUCAUAUUCUGA